CAGCACGCGAAGCGAACGUCCCCGAAGGCUAGCAACCAAUCGCAGCGCUUCCUUAGCAGAGCCCGGCGGCCAAUCACGGAGCGCGUUUUAUAUCAGGACGGCAACAGCUUAGACUCGGUGAGAGAGGAUUGUACCGGAGGUGAGGAGAGCGGAGCCGGCGGGCGGGCGGCACCGGGACGGUUUGGAUUUGCACCGGCCUGUCCUGCGGUCUGCCGCCUGCAGUUGCUGAAUGUUCUAGAACGUGCCGUGAAAUCUCCUGAAUACGUCCUGUUGUCCCCGGCAACUCCAAGUCGCCUUUUCACCAUGUGGUUCCCACAAUACCGGCCAUUAAGUGCUGAUGCCUCCAAAGAAACGAGCCGCUUGUAAUCCACGGAAAACACGUCUGGCUUUCCUGGAAAGCCCACGUCAGGGUUCUGUUCAUGAGUAUGGGACUGCUCCACCAAAGGCUGACCCUAAAUGUGUGCCCACCAAACCAGUGGACCAGGACACAUCCACUUCUUGGGUGUCCCCGCAGUUCAGUCAAACGGUAGAGCUGAAUUUCCCGGCACGUCGGCGCCUCCGGCACACCUCUAACAACAGCACCGUGCAGAGCCGCGCAAGGGAUGCCAGCCAGAGCCGUCCGAGGGCACCAGGGAGGAAGCAGAGCGUCUGUAAAUUCCCAUCCUUAUCGUUCACUAGCCAAGCGCCUGCUGAGCUAGUACAAACUCAAUCGUUCUGCGCCAGGAGGCCGAAGCCAAGCGUACUUCCGCGCGCACCUGCGCCAAGGUCUCCUCUGCAGGAUCUGCCUUGUAGUAAGACUCUUAGCCCCCCAGAUAUACAGACCCCAGAGACUAGUCGGCUACAAAGCAAGCUGCUCUCGCCUGGCGCAGGCGAGGUUCUGACGCCGGUUUCCAGGAGGCAUGGAGAGCUGUGCGAUGUAACAGACCUAUCGGUUGAAAACAGCCCAGGGCCGGUGCUGGCAGAAGACACCCCGGAACAUGAAUACGGGGUCCGUAUCACGUGGCGGAGACGGCAGGAACUCAUGAAAUACCUGAAAUCGCGGGGAAGGCUAGAGAGCAGCCAGAUACAGGUGAAGCCGUGACAGCGUCAUGUAAACGGACUGAGAUGAAGCUUCAUAUUGAUCACCCUGUGUGCUGAUUAUGGACACUGAGUGAUAAUCUACAGAAAUGAUGCAUAAUGCAUUAAAGCUCAUAGUGCACUUACUUAUCAUCA